AUGAAUGUCCUACUCAAAGGUAUGAAAUAAUUGAGUUACCGCCCUUCAUUUCAAUAUUGGCUUAGUGCUCAUCCAACUACCAAAAGCAUAUCCUAAUUGAGUCCAAGAUAAUUAUUGGACACAGCCUUAAUUAAAAGAAUCUGUCAAAAGCAAAUCCCAAAACAUACUAUUAUGAGUCAAUUUUGUCUUUGGCAUGGCAAAUAACCUAAAUCAGGAAACCAGACUUGUUUUUCAGAAAAGAAAACUCGACGAUCUUGGAUGCCCAAUGUUCAAAAAUAAACUUAUGAAUCCUUAAUUUUAGGAAGAAAAAUACAUGUUAAAGUUACUACAAAGACAAUGAAAUGUAUUCGAAAGGCUGGCAGCUUUGAUAAUUAUGUUUUAUUGACUAAACCUUAAGAUUUAGAUUCUAUUUAUGGUGAAUAUUUAAGAAAAUUGAUGCUUACUAAAGUUAAUGACCCUUCUUUUGAGAUACCACACGUUUUAAAAGCUCGGCCUCACAAAUACUCAAGAAGAGCACAACGAUUUAGCAGAAGACCUGCAAUUGUAUGGCAUCCACCUGAAAUCAGACAUAAAGAUUUGACAUUUUUGAAAAUAAGAACAACCAAUGAAAUGAAUCCUGAAGAAUUAAGAAAAUUAAGAGAAUAUGACUCUUUGAAAGAUAGGUUUGAAGAUAUUAAUGAUUUAUUGCAUCCUAUUUUAAAUGAAAAGUUCUUCGAGGACGAAAAAGAAUGGCCUAAAUUUGAACAAGUUGAAGGAGAGAAAGCAUUGGCUGAAUUUUUAAAGAAGAAAGAUAAGGAGAAAAUCAGACUUACAUUAAAAUCAGUUGAAGAAACACUAAGAGAAAAUAAUAAAGCAUUAGGGAUUUUUUGAUCGUCAAUUUGAUAUAGCAAUUAUAAUAAGAGACAAUAAAAGUAAUUUAUUGGAAAAA